AUGGACGAGAUGAGCAAUGUAGCCAAGACAACGACAGAGACUUCAGGCUUAACUGACUCUGUCUUGAGCCUCACGAAACGCAUGAAACCUACUGAGGUUACGACCACCACAAAACCUGCCUUGUCCAACACGACGAAAUUCAAAGGAGUUGUUCAGCAACAGAACGGUCAUUGGGGUGCUCAGAUUUACGCAGACCAUCGAAGGAUUUGGCUUGGAACUUUCAAAUCCGCUCAUGAAGCCGCUGCUGCUUACGAUAGCGCAUCGAUUAAGCUUCGAAGCUUUGAUGCUAACUCGCACCGGAACUUCCCUUGGUCUGAUUUUACCCUCCAUGAACCGGACUUUCAAGAGUGCUACACGACAGAAGCUGUGUUGAACAUGAUCAGAGACGGUUCUUAUCAACACAAGUUCAGAGAUUUUCUCAGAAUCCGGUCUCAGAUUGUUGCGAAUAUCAACAUCGUGGGAUCAAAACAAGUCUUAGGAGGAGGAGAAGGUGGUCAAGAAUCGAACAAGUGUUUCUCGUGCACGCAGCUUUUUCAGAAAGAACUGACACCGAGCGAUGUAGGGAAACUGAAUAGGCUUGUGAUACCUAAGAAGUAUGCAGUGAAGUAUAUGCCUUUCAUAAGCGAUGAUCAAAGCGAGAAAGAGACGAGUGAAGGAGUAGAAGAUGUGGAGGUUGUCUUUUACGACAGAGCAAUGAGACAAUGGAAGUUUAGGUAUUGUUACUGGAGAAGUAGCCAGAGCUUUGUCUUCACCAGAGGAUGGAAUGGUUUCGUGAAGGAGAAGAAUCUCAAGGAGAAAGAUAUUAUUGUCUUUUACACUUGCGAUGUCCCCAACAAUGUGAAGACAUUAGAAGGCCAAAGCAAGACCUUCUUGAUGAUUGAUGUUCAUCACUUUUCAGGCAACGGUUUCGUGGUUCCCGAGGAAGUAAACAAGACGGUUCAUGAGAUUUCUGAUGAAGAGAUGAAAACAGAAACCCUCUUUACCUCGAAGGUAGAAGAAGAAACCAAAUCAGAGGAGAAGAAAGGAGGGUUUAUGCUGUUUGGUGUUAGGAUCCAAUAG